CCCCAUAAUUACAUCCAACACUACUACUAAGCUCUAUACACAAUUCUUCUGUUUCAAAAUUCUUUUUUUAUGUAUAAAUAUCAAUCAAUCUCCAUCACCUUUUACCCUACCAAAACCAUUUCCUUCUUUAUUUUCUUUUUUCUUCAUCUUCCAUGAUGGAUCCUUCAUGCACUUCUUCUGUCAAUGGCUUCUACAACUUCCUCACCAGAGGACUUGAAGACCUCCAUUGCUCAAUCCUCUCCCACAAUUUCUUGUCAGUUCAGUUCCUUCUGAAAAUCCUCUCUUCCCUCCAUUCCUUCAAUUCCCAGUUCAUCAUUUUGGUCCAGAAUCUUCACCUUCCUGUAGGCGAAAAAUGGCUCGAUGAGUACAUGGAUGAAAGCUCAAGACUUUGGGAAGCCUGUCAUGUACUCAAAUCAGGCAUUUCAGGGAUGGAAAACUAUUACUUAGCUGCUGCCAACAUAGCCUCCUCCCUUGCUAACUACCAUCAUUUUGAUCCACAAGCUUCUCGUCAGGUUGUUCGGGCAAUAGUGGGUUGUCAAAGGGAAAGUGUAGGAUUUGAGGAGGAUAAUAGGAGCUUGAUGGAAACAAGAGUUGAAGCACUGUCACUAAGACUUGACGAUAAUGCAUUAGCAGAAACAAAAUCUAAUGCAUUCAAUGGUUUUCGAGGUGUUCUUUACGCAGUCAGGAAUGUCAAUUCACUGCUGAUAACAAUACUGCUGGCAGGGCUUGUGUAUUGUUGGCCUGGAUCGAUGAUUUUCCGCGAUAGAGUAUACGAGGGACAACACAUGAUGCUUGGCUCUGCAUUCAUGGUCUGCAUAGCAAGAUUGCAGCAAAGAAUAGAAAAUGAACUGAAUCAAAUCAGCAAUAACCAGCCCGGAAUCAUGCUUUACGAGUUCCGAAAAGCAAAGGCUGCAAUGGAGGAGGUGAAGCUAGAAAUGGAGAGCAGUGUUGGGGAUUAUGAAUUAUCAGAAGCUUUGCUGCAUGAUGACAAGAUUGAAAACUUGAAGAAUUGGUUUGAAGAGUUGAGAUGUGGAGUUGAGGCCAUAAUUGGACAGCUUGAUGAUUUGUUUGAUGAAAUAGUUGAAGGAAGGAAGAAACUUUUGGACAUGUGCACUCAUCAUAGGUAGAGAAAAUUACAGUAAUCAUGAAGUUGUCAAGUGAAGGAAGCAAACAAAGGAAAAUUCUGAAGCAAAAGAAAGGUAGAAUUGUCAUGUAAAGAUAAGAAACAAGAAGAAUAUAUUUUUUUAGCUUCAAUGCAAAGCAAGAUUUUCACAUUCAAGGACAGAUUCUUCUACAGCACUAGAAAGCAAAAAAAAUAAACAAGUAUUUAUGUGCU